GGGGUCCAAAUCAAACAUGGCAGUUACGACAUAGCACCUUUCCAAUCAACAAUCUUUGCUUCACACAAAUUGCGCACUUGAUGACAAACCAGGAGCUCCUAGUGGCACCGUCGCUCUUUCCCGUCGUAUAAACAUUUCACGCCAGCCCGCACUGCUCACGAUUGAGUGCCUUGCGCUUCCCGACCGACACACGAUACAACAGUAUGGAGCGCGACGAAUCAGACCCAGCCGUACGAAAAGAUGAGGCGCGUGUCCCGUUUGACGUAGUGCCCAAUCCAGAUACACAGGUCGACCAAGGCGUAGACGAGAAAGCAGCACGCCAUUCAAGAGACAGCGAUAUCGACAGACCUGCACGGUCACAGUCCAGAGAUGAAGAGAGUGGAAUAACAGCCGUGGGCGAAGACACCAACGAGAAAGAAUUCGAAGUCACUUGGGAUGGCGACGAAGACCCUAUGAACCCAAGAAGCAUGGCCCACGCGCGCAAAUGGGUUAUAAUCAUCAUCCUCAGUGCGAGUUCACUAUGCGUGACAUGCGCAUCUGCAAUGUACACUAGUACCUAUGCUCAAUUGGAGAAGGAAUUCCACUGCUCAAGGAUAGUUGCUACCCUUGGACUGUCGUUGUUCGUGAUAGGACUAGGCUUGGGCCCCAUGGUCAUGUCACCGCUCUCAGAAUUCUACGGCAGAAGACCCAUCUACAUCGCAUCUUACGCCUUCUUCCUAAUCUGGCUAAUACCAUGCGCUGUGGCACCAAACAUUGCAACAAUGUUGGUGGCGCGCUUCCUCGACGGACUUUCUGGCAGUGCCUUUUUGAGUGUAGCUGGAGGAACCGUCGGAGAUCUGUUCCCCAAGGCCCAGCUCUCUCUGCCAAUGGCAUUCUAUACUGCGGCUCCAUUCGUUGGCCCCGAAAUCGGUCCCAUUGUCGGAGGAUUCAUCAACUACAACACGUCUUGGCGAUGGACUUUCUACGUCUUGCUCAUCUGGUCAGGCAUCAUGUUGGCCGCUAUCGUUUUCCUGGUACCAGAAACCUAUCACCCGGUCCUGCUCCGCCGAAAAGCCAUCAAGCUCAGAAAAGACACGGGUAACCUAGCCUGGCGAGCACCAAUCGAGAACAUGAACAAGUCGGUAUUCCGGACCGUCGCAUGGAGCUGUGUCAGGCCCUUCCAGCUCCUUUUUCUGGAACCAAUGUGCCUGAACCUGUGUAUUCUCUCCGCGAUCUUGCUCGGGAUACUGUAUCUGUUCUUCGGCGCCUUCCCGCUGGUCUUCGAAAAUAACCAUGGGUUCGUAUUGUGGCAGACCGGACUCACGUUCUUAGGUAUCUUCGUAGGGAUGGUCACGGGUGUCAGUUGCGACCCUAUCUGGCGAAAGAACUACAACCGUCUUGUCACCAAUAACGGAGGCGUUUCUGAGCCUGAGUUCCGCCUACCUCCAACAAUCCUCGGCGCAAUCUUGGUUCCAAUCGGCCUGUUCGGGUUUGGUUGGACGACUUACUCCUCGGUACAUUGGAUCGUUCCUGUCGUCUUCUCUGGCCUGUUUGGGUUGGGAAACAUCUUUGUCUUCGCAGGUGUCUUCACCUUCCUCGUCGAGUGUUACCCUCUAUAUGCAGCCAGCGCAUUGGCCGCCAACAGUUUCGCGCGCUCUUCCUUUGCAGCGGCGUUUCCCCUGUUUGGCUACAGCCUCUAUCAAAAUCUAGGUUAUCAAUGGGCGUCGUCAUUACUGGCUUUCCUGGCCCUUGCCAUGGCUCCAUUUCCCUACCUAUUUUUCAGAUACGGCAAACGUCUGCGUAAGAACUCUAAGUUUGCGCAAUCCUGAGACCUAAGGACAGAUUGGGAGAUAAAGGUACAUAAAUAGAUGAGCUUGGAUCGGUGGCACCGCAUGAACAAUAGCGCAUCGCGGUUCCCACGAGGCAAGAGACACCAAAAAGAUCUGUGCUCGGGCCGUCUGGUGUGGAGGGCAGCAGGCUGGUAAAAAGGCAUCAAGCCAUGGUACUGGGUACUGGAAUGGAGGCCGCGAGACAUGAAUGGCGGUGACAGGACGAGCAAGCGAAGCAUGUACUACCGAAUGACUGCAGAGUUGACAAGCUGGCACGUUGGCCUGGUACACAAAGCGAACAAUAAUACAUACCUCGACGUUCUAAAUUCUACCUCGAUGCUUCUCCAGUGGGCAUGGCUGUCGAGAU